AGUAUAACUCUAGGGCAACCGCGGUGGAUACCUGUGUGUGAUAGUACUCCGGGGUUAUAUUUACUGUAUAUUCCUAAACACGCCUCGUCCAGUGGUGUUGAGUGUCCAGUCAGCGUCUUCUUGACGUUUUACAUAUUACGUAUUAUCUACAGAGAAAUGUGCCUAUGUUGUAAAACAGACACAUCUAUGAAUCUAUUUACUUUGUGAGGUCAAAAGUUCAAAUUGGGAUACGGGCACGUGAUAUGUUUACGGAUUUUAUUAGUAGAGUGUGAUUCACAGUGAGAGACAUCUGAUUUUUAAAAUCCGGUAAAAUUCUGCUACCAAGACUGCCAUCAUGGCUUCCGAGAGUGCCAGUAAACCAGCGGGCAAGACAGUGUGUAUCGCGAUAGACGGUAGCGACACAGCCAAAUACGCCCUCGACUGGUACGUGAAGAACGUGCACAAACCGACCGAUAACAUCAUCCUCGUCCAUGCCGUGGAGCUCAAUGAGGUCCUUCAUAAUCAGCAAUGGUACUCGUCCCCCUACACAUUUGACAAAGAUGUUCUUUUUACCUUACUUGAGGACGAGAAGCGUAAGAUCACACACAAGCUCGAGGAAUUUGCCGUCCUCCUCAAGGACCGACAGCUUGCUGGGUCAGUGAAGAGUGCUCACGCCAGUAGCCCGGGUGAGGGGAUCAUAAAGGCUGCAGUGGAGAAUCAUGCGGCCCUUAUAGUGACAGGAACCCGGGGGAUGGGGUCCAUUCGGAGGACUUUCCUAGGCAGCGUCAGUGACUACAUUCUACACCACAGUCCAGUGCCAGUUAUUGUGUGCCACAAGCCUUAAUCACGCCCCUCGUUGGACUAUCGGAACACCUCUGCUUUAUUCCAAGUCGAUGUGUCCCACCUGUACAUAGAUCACGGCCUACUAUAUAUGGACAAGUCUGUUCGCUAUUAUUCAGAUCAGGAAUUGGUGUAUGAUGCUGAGCCGCCAUUCGGCACAGGCAUAUGAAUUAAUAUGUGGGUCAAUCAAGCGUUGCCGAAAGUAUUCAUGAAUGGCAACAACAUCCCUCAGGUGAUUAUCAUACUCACGCAUGCGCACUAUGUACCAUAUAAAUAUAUAGAUACAAAACAUUUGGUCUUACCUUUGUGCGAUUUUCUUCACCAAAGCUGUCAAAAUAGAACCCUGUUAUUAGAUGGAGCAUUACUCCUCCCGACGACGCUUACGUCUAGUUGUCGUACCAGCAUUACAGUAACGUGAUGAGUGAAUGGCAUCAUACAUCAUAGAUCACAUGAUUGUUAUUGUAGUUACCAUGUAUACAGAUUUUAUGAUAAUGUGAUUGAUCAUACCACCGAAUAGAAUGCAAUGAAUACAUUUGCGCAAAAUAAGUCCGCUGAAAUGAAAACAUUAUUUAUAUAUCCGGUAAAAUCAUAUGUCUACACCGCAACCCAAGCACAAGACAGAACUCAGACAAAAAGACAAAAAUGAACAUUGUUGUGUAAAGAGUACGAGAACGAUUAUAUACCUUAUUACGGACUUUCGUGAUCUAAUGAUACAUGGAAACAUCAGAACAUCAAGUAUACGAAUGUCACGGUAGAGUUAUCGUUCCUUGAUUGAUUAGAAUGUUAUAAUCAUGUUCCCACUGUGUUUGACUGAUUGAGAGAAUGUCACGUGAUUGGAAAUAAACACGUUUUCAUUAUAAUUGG